CAUGGAUAUGAUGAAAUCCGCUACCCGAUGAUCAGCAACCUUCCAUCGAAUGCUAAGGAUUACCUUCUAGAAAUAUUCAAUGACGUCAUUUUAAGAGGUGAGAUCAUUGAGGAGUGGAAAAAACUCGUCGUGGUUCCGAUACCAAAGCCCAACAAAAACUUUCAUCUAGCAAAUUCUUACCAUUCUAUUUAUCUCCUGUUCUCCAUUCUCAAAACCUUUGAGAGAAUGAUAAAUAAUAGGUUGGAAUGGUGGAUGCGUUUUCAUCCCUUACUAAAUCAACAGCUUACUUUUAGAAAAGGUCUUGGUACUACCGAUGCCUUAGCUGUUAUUGUUACAUUAAUUUUAGAUUUGCAAGGUGCUUAUGACCAGAUCGAUUUAACACUGCUGAGAACAAAGUUGGAAAUGUACGGGCUCUCUCCUCAUUUGUGCUACAUCAUAACAUACCUUAUCACAAUAGAACAAUUUUUGUAAAAGAUAAUACAAAAAAAUAGGACCACGUCAUAGUUUCGCUAGC